AUGGGUAGAUCAACAACUUCUCCCUUAAUAUCAAGUUUUACCACCACUUUAGUUCUACAAAGAAAUGGAUAUCAAGUGAGAAUUUUAUCUGAAUAUUGGCCUAGCGAUUUAAAUAUUAAUUAUUCAAGUCCUUGGGCAGCUGCGGCCUGGAGAGCUAACCUCCAUAUUGAUGAUAAAAGAGUACAUGAAACUGGAUUAAUGCGCGUACAAAUUUAUAAUUUUAUGAAUAAAAAACCUGAGUUGAAAGGUGAUAUUUGGUUUAGAGAUUUCGUUCCAGAGUUCAGAGUAAUACCACCAAAAGAAUUGCCAUCUGGUGUCGAAUACAGAGUGUCUUAUACAACAGUCUAUCUUUCUCAUAUUAAUGAAUCAUUUUUUGAUGAUGAUGAUAUUAAUGUAGUGAUAAAUUGCAUAGGAGUUAAUGCUAAAACUUUUGGUGGUGUUAUGGAUACUCCGGUUUUUCCUUCACAUGGCUAA